AUGUCACCAGCACGCUUCAGCAAAAAACUCGCCGGGAAGCGAGUGCUCCUCGUCGGCGGAACGGGCGGCGUCGGCAUCAGCGUCGCGCAGGCCCUUGUCGAUUCCGGCGCCGUCGUCAUCCUCUCGUCCUCACGCGAGCAAAAAGUCAGAGAGGUCUGUGCCGCAUUGGCCAACGACUACCCUGAGGCCAAAGACCGCAUCUCGGGACACGCCUGUGACCUCGCCAGUGCCGACGUCGAAGCCAACGUGGAAGCGCUCUUCAAGAAGAUCGGCGGCGUGGUCGACCACAUCGUGUACAUGGCCGGUGAUCGCCUACCGACGAUCCCCCUCGAGGAAGUCACUCUCGAAAAGUGGCAGAAGUGCAACCAGGUACGCACCAUCGCUGCAAUCUUGGUCGCCAAGGUCGGCACGAGGUAUAUGAAGAAGGACAGGCACUCGUCCAUCGUCCUGACGGGUGGAAGUAUUUCUGAGAAACCUAUCGCCGGGGGUUGGUCCAUGUUGGCGCUGAUCGGGGCCGGAUUGAAUGGGCUCGCGAGACAGCUUGCGUUCGACCUGGCGCCGAUUCGAGUGAACACCGUGGCUCCCGGUGUGAUCGAGACGGAUCUGUGGCAGGGCAUGGGAGAGGAAGGGAAGAGGGCGUUCUUCCAGGCUCAUGAGAGUAAUAUUCCUACAGGCAAAGUCGGUCAGCCUGAGGAUCUCGCCGAGGCGUACCUUUAUUGUUUGAAGGACGCUAAUGCGACGGGGAUCGUGGUGCAUUCGAACAGUGGUACGUUUUUGGUGUAG